GCUAGUUUUUAGCCUGGAUUAGAUAGGAAUUUGUAUAUUUAAAUUUACAAACUUAAAAUUAGAAUGCAAUAGUGAAACAACAUGGCAAUGCCAUAUUCUACUCUUGUUCCCAACAUCUUAGUGCAGCUUUGUAAAGAUUUAUUCAUAUUCAAAGGCCAAGAAAUUUCUUAGCCAACACCUCGGCACAUACUGUUGUGGUCCAAAUCACUCGGCUACUUCGGCUAACACUUGUGACAGGGUCAUGUAUAAGACAUAUUUUAUCAGUAACAGAUGAGUGUAACAUUUUGACAGUAGCUAAUCAGUGGUAUGAAGUGUCGUAAUUAAAUAGAAAGAUUACACAAGUGAACUCACUCCCUGUCUAUGAUCCCCGUAUCUGACUGUGCACCACCCCACGCCGCUACCCCCAGCAAAUUUCGAUGACCGAUUGUAUAAAAUUAUUACCAAUGUGUGGAUCAGUGGGCAUAUAUGUAAAUUUGAACCCUGAGAUAGUAGUCUUGACAUGGCAGUCUGUGACUCUGAUGAAAGGUAACAUCUUGUUGUUGUUUAAAGUUUGUUUGCAUUGCAGCCUAUUCCCGGUUCAUAUUCUUAAUUUGUUUUCUAUGCAAAUCAAGUUACAUAAAUGGUAAACUAAAUAUUUAUGGUAAUACGUCGUUUAGUAAAGAAAGUGUGUAGAUGCUCUGGCAAUGUUGACUGAGGCAAGAGCAUGCAAUAAUCUUCUUAUUUGUGAAUGAUCUACUAUGUAACAUUCCAUGUGCCGAACAUGUUAAAUGAGCAUACUUAUCAAUAUGUAUAAGACUUGUCAGUGUGUUCAACUUCAUUUGACUUUUAACAACCAGAUGCUGUCUUUCUUGUUAAUCAUUGUUUUAUGUAUAUUUUGUUUUCUGGAAUCAUGGAACUAUGUGUCAGUUAUCUAAUAAAUAGCGUUACAUUAAUUUCUUUGUGUAUUAGUAAUAAUAUAUUACCUCUUAUCUUCAUAUAAUUUUUCGAGGGGUCACCCCGCCACAGGCACAGACACCGUCACAUCUUUUGCACACCUAGGAUUGUAGUCUUACCGAAUGUUCGACUGGUAAUCAUAAGACCCAAUUAAUCUGUGUUCGCAAGUGCCUUGUAUUUGUAAGCCGAAAAAUUAUUUGUAAGGAAUUGUACAUGAUCCAUCCACCUCGGUCAACCAUCAGUCAGACCGUCCAGUAAUAAUGCCCUUCCUUGGCAGCUGUUCCUUCGCACAGUUUACUUUUUGACGAGGCCUUGCAUUUUUCGUUAUUCCGCGUUAUAUUGUUUCGAUUUUUUUGAUGCCACGAAUUUCUAUUUUUUAUUGUGUUUUUUUUAUGUGUUGACGAGGAAGUGUGUUUAGUCAAAGCAGAAUAACAUACACACGCAGUCACUAAUACAACACGUAUGUAAAUGAAUUUGUUCGAUAAAUUACUCUAUGGGGUUUAUUAUCGUCCAAAUACACUGGAUGGCGCUGUAUUUCAAUAUCAUAGUUAGAAAAGAUUGUGGUUUUCCUCACCAGAUGGCGCUAGAAGUAAUGGACCGUAAUUGUGUAUACUUCAGCCAUUUGCCAGUUUGAUCGCAAAGGGAGUGUCGAUAGGAAAACUGUGUUGUUUGCAACUAAAUGCGGAUGUAUUUGUGAUCGCGGUAUAUUAUUACUAUAAGAACAACUAGAGGAUAACUAUUAGGUGAAAAACGGAGACCUGCAACCAUGAGUUGGGGUAUAGAUUUGUGGGAUCAGUAUGACAACAUCUCCUUGCACACCCACAAGGGCAUAGACUUCAUGGAGAAGUACGGUCACUUCCAGCGUGAUCGCUGCUCCAUAGAGCUGGACUACGCCAGCAAGCUUAGGAAAUUGGUGAAAUCGUAUCUACCGAAGAAGAAAGCCGACGAAAAACAGUUCUCGUGUUGGACUUCGUUCAUCGCGAUGUUGAACGAGACGAACGACCUCGCGGGUCAGCACGAGGUCAUAGCCGAGAACCUCACAUCUUCCAUAAUCAAAGAGCUGUUCGGCUUAGUCAAAGAACUGAAGGAAGAACGAAAGCGGGGCCUCAACGAGGCGCAGAAGCACAAGUUAACUCUACAGAAUCAAGAAAUGCAGCUAGACAAGGCCAAGAGGUUGUAUGAAAAAUCGCACAAGGACUCGUUACGAGCGAAGCUGGCGUAUGAGCGGGCGGAGGCAGAUCUGACGCACACGCUGAAAAUCGGCACACCAGGACUCUUGCGUUACGGAGCGAAGCUCUGGCAAUAUGAGCGGGCGGAGGCAGAUCUGAAACCUGUCAGAGCCGACGUAGAAAAGCAAAAGAACACAGCCCAGCUGAAGGGACAGCAAUUCGAGGAUAGUAAAAGUGAUUAUGCGACACAGCUACAGAAAUUCAAUGAACUACAACACCAGCAUUACACAACUGCUGUUCCACAGAUAUACCAGACACUGCAGGAGAUGGAUGAGAAGAGGAUCGUCAGCUUCCAGGACUUCAUGCGGCGGUCAGUGACCAUCGAGAAGAACGUCUUCCCCAUCAUCGACACGUGUCUCAACGGCAUCGUCAAGGCAGCAGACGCCAUCGACCCAAAGGAGGACGCUAGGCUCGUCAUAGACCGCUACAAGUCUGGCUUCUCUCUGGACGACCUGCAAGGCUGUGACAACAGCGGCGACGACGAGAGGUCUUCACCCCAGCAUCUUCUACCAAGCGCAGCAUCCUCCCGCUCGCAUCGCAGCGAGCGUGGCUUCGAAAUUUUGCUUUGCAUGGUGGCGCUGCAAAAAGCCGUGUAUUGCAUGGUGGCACUGCAAGCGACCGUGCGUCGUAUGGUGGCGCCGCAAGCGACCGUGCGUCGCAUGGUGGCGCUGCAAGCGGCCGUGCGUCGCAUGGUGGCGCUGCAAGCGGCCGUGCGUCGCAUGGUGGCGCUGCAAGCUGCCCUCGGCCGUGCAACGCAUGGUGGCGCUGCAAGCGGCCUUGCAUCGCAUGGUGGCGCUGCAAGCAUUUUUAUAUCUGCCGUUAGUUAUGUAAAGUUGGUUUUGCUGACUUGCGCAGGCGACUGUUUGUUCCCUUGUUCCAGCAUCCCUGAUGAAAUGAAGGAGGACUACAGUGACCUGCCGCCGAGUCAGCGCCGCAAGAAGCUGCUUGCCAAGCUGGAGGGCAUCCAAACGCAUAUCAACCAGGAGACGGCUGCCAGGGACGCGCUGCAGAAGAUGAAGGCUGUGUAUGAGGAGAAUCCGGCGCUAGGCGACCCGAACAGCCUCGACAAGCAGCUGAACGAGAACGGAGACAAGCUGGACAAGCUGCGGCUAGAGCAGCAGAAAUUCCAGUCGUACUUGGACGAGGCUGAGAACAAGCUGACGCCGAACACGAUGAAGCGAAGUCGCAACAGCUUCCCGACAGACAACAUGUCGCGCAGCUCGUCCGACCUGCAGGUGGGAGGGGGAGGCAGCGCGCGCAACAGCCACAUGCUGCAGAGCCCGCAGAACACGCAGCACGAGUCUUCUGUUAGUCCAGAGAGCGGCAUCGACACGACGGGUGGAACCAACUCCGACUUCGACCAGGGAGAGUUUGAGGACGACUACUAUCAGACCUUCCCCGUGCUCGGUGUCGCCAAGGCCCUAUAUCACUUCGAUGAGGAAUCGGCAGCGUCGAACGAGGGCUCGGUGCCGAUGGAGGAGAGCGAGGAGUUUCACGUCAUCGAGAAGGACCAGGGCGACGGCUGGACGCGCGUACGCAAGCUCAACGGCGAGGAGGGCUUUGUGCCGUCCUCCUACAUCGAGAUCGAGCUCAACAAUCCCUAGCGCCCCCUGGCGAGCACGGGCGGCCGCGCGCGAUUCUUGUACAUACGAAAAACUCUUAGGUGUUGAUCGUCGACCGUAACCGGGGGGUGGGUGGCCGGGGGAGGGAGGGGGUGUCGUCUCCGGAGUCAGCUCGAGGGGGAGCGUCGUCCGGUUGUACCGCCUGGCGACCGUCUCGCGGACGAAGGUGGCAGUUUUACGCGGCAGAGUGGAUCGAGCUGACUGCGUCGUCUUCCGGGAGCCAGACCCGUGUUUUAUACGCGCCCUCGGUGUCAGACAGCUAGUGUUAACUCGACGUAAAUUUUGUUGUUAUUACCCGGUUGCCAAGCAACCAUUCCGUGUACCGCAAUGCCAAAUGUCACGUCGCAGACUUUUAGAGGGGUGGGUUGAUGACGCGGACGGAUACCUGUUUGCACACAUGCGGACACAGUGAGCCGUGUGUAAGUCAUUUAACUUAUUGUCGUGUAUCUUAACUUAUUAAGAUGCAAAGUGAGGACGAGAUUGAAAGAGAGAGAGAGAGAGAGAGAGAGAGAGCUCCUAUUAAGAUUUCUAAAGAUUUUUAACGAUUUUAAUUUACGUACUUGCUCAUGUGUUAAUCCUACGUGCUUCGGUGCCUCGGGGUCUCUCUGUAUGUUGAUGCAGCAGUGGACCCAGUGUUUUGGUGGGUAGGCAGUAUCAGUACUGGGCAAUGGGGAAAUCGGCAACUGGAAGUUGUAGCAGCUUCACAGUGUCCACCCAGCUGUGGUUGGAUGGUUACAGCAAUACUGUAUCAUGCUGGCUGUUGUGAGUGAGUGGGUCACUCGUGAGUCAGUGAGAGAGUUAGCGAGUGAGUGAGCGAGUGAGUGAGUGAGUGAGUGAGUGGGUGAGUGAGUGAGUAAGUGCGUGCGUGAGUGAGUGAGUGUUUGAGUGAGUAAGUGCGUGAGUGAGUGAGUGCAUGUGUGCGUGCGUGUGUGAGUGAGUGAGCGAGUGAGCUAGUGCCACGCGUCACACAGACACCGCUCCCAAGUCACAGUCACAGUCACAGCUACAGUCACAGCUGAGAACCCGAGGCACCGAGACGAGACAUGCAGAUUGAUGAUUCUGAGACAGAGAGACUGGGCGAGACGUCACGCAGCCGAGUGUAUCAUACGUUAGGGUGCGCGUAGGUUUCCUUUUGCAAUUAUCCUGUGUAAGAUAGGGACGAAGUUGUAUAAAAUUUAACGUGUUAUAUAUAAAUAAUUAUAUAUGUGUGUGUGUGUGUAUGUCUAGCCGUGUGCGUGCGCGUGAGUACGCACGUAUACCCAACCGUGGCUCGCUCGCUGGAUAUCUACUCUGCCAUCUUAUUUUCCCUAACGCUGGUUGGAUGUGAAUUGACAAUAUCGUCGGUGCGUGCGAUUCGGGAUCGAAUGUUCGAGCGCACGAGGCGAAUUCCGAUAAUCCACUAAAGUUGCCGCGAUUCCUUCUGUGAAGGGCGUGGUACGGUCGUCGUGGUUCGAACGUAAUUCUGUAGAAACUUUCGCUCGCUGCGUACUAAUUCCUUUGACGUGAACACCGGUCGUGUGUUAACUCAUCGUAUGAUUCUUAUGAACUUGGUUGCUAGUAACCCCCCCCCCCCUCUUCCCUUGUCAUGUUGUAUAAAUAUAUAUAUAUCUCUUUACUAUCGUGUGCGCGUUAAGAGUUCACACGCGCAGGUGGACGUGUGAAGGUGGAAGGCGAGUGCGCGUGACGUCACUAGGUCGCCUCACAAGGUCAACGAACGAAGUCGGUGAGGUCACCACUGAAUAAAGGUCACGACGUCGCGUCGACGGCAACUCACGACGAAGUCGUGAUGUUGGAUGCUGCCGCGAGAGGGCGUCGUGAGUCUUUGGUUCGAUUAUUAUGGGCGCGUUUUACGCUAAAAUCUGCUUUGUAAGUGCUGCGAGUUGUCGGUCAUCUGUAGCAGCGGUGGGGGUGAGGCGGAGCGGAACGAGUAGGUAAUUGUGAGCUGGUAAAGCUGUGGUGCCUGCGUGCAUGAAGCUUGCAUGCUGGGCUGUGGCUUCCUGUCUUCUUCUUCCAUCUUCUCGCGUCGUCUCUCGCGCCUUGUCGCUCUCGCGCGCGCGCUCUCUCUCUUCGUUGCAUUGUGGCCGGCUAGUUGAUAUCAAUCGCCAUGUCUGCCACCGUCCACGGCUCGUCUUAGUUUCCGAAGACGACUACAGGUGGCACCAGCUGUAUUUUACCACUUGCAAUAAAUGUACGUUGUUGUGUCCCUAUAAUAA